UCCGCCGCGUCUCCUUCCUGUGCUGCUGAGCGUCCUGCAUAAAGAAAGUUGGCAGCCAUUUCCUUAUUUUUAAGCUCCUUUUAGGAGUUUUUAUGCACCGUGCUUAAAAAGAAGUGUUUUUUUUUUUAGGUUUUACAGCGUGUAGUUUGGGAUUCUUGUACAUGGUGAUGCAUUAGCGCAGUGCACAGGGAACGAGGCGGAGCCGAAGAGCCGAUCUGUGUCUUUCGGCUGUGUUCGGCUGCAGUCGGAUGGACGAAGGCGAAGCGGCGGUGAAACGGCUCGGGUUAGCCGGAGCGGAGGAGGAGGAGGAGGAGGAGGAGGAGGAGACAGGGGGGCUGGAGGAAGAAGAGGAGGAAGAAGAAGAGGAGGAGGAGGAAGAAGACGAGGAGGAGGGGGAGCGUUCCGAAAGCGAGCCGGACGAAGCCGAAGUCAGUACGAUGCCCGGUAUGGCGGAAGCGGCCAACAUCGCCAUAGCCGUCCUGCCGAACACAGACGAGGGCGAAGCGCCGUUUGCGGACGUGACCACCGUUACAGUCAAUGAUGUCCAGAGUGCAGAUGACGUCUUCUCGACCACUACCGGGUCCAUCCCUGAACAUGUGCUAACAGGCAGAACCACUCUGCAGAUUGGGGACAGUCUGAGCACACAGAAGGCCACCCUGAUUGUUGUACACACGGACGGGAGUAUAGUGGAUGCGACAGGCCUGAAAGCCACAACAGCACCCAUGACUCCAGGGCCUCCGACUCCCUCCACCCAGAUGAACCAGAGCCAUGAGAAAGAUGUGAACAAAUAUAACUGGGAUCCAUCUGUUUAUGAGAACGAGCUGCCUGUGCGCUGCAGGAACACCAGCGGUGUCCUCUACAAGAACAGACUGGGAUCAGGUGGCAAAGGACAUUGCAUCAAAUACAACAAUAACUGGUUCACGCCAACGGAGUUUGAAGGACUUGCUGGAAGAGCUAGCAGUAAAGACUGGAAGAGGAGCAUUCGUUAUGCUGGGAGACCUCUUCAAUGCCUUAUACAGGAGUGCAUCCUCAACCCCCAUGCUGCCUCUUGUACAUGUGUAGCCUGCUGUGAUGAUCUGACUGUGAGCAAGGACGGGUCCUUCGGAGGCGACAGCAUAUCUAUGACUGGACCUGUGCGACUUUUUGUCCCUUACAAGAGACGGAAGAAAGAGAGCGAGCAUUCGUCAUCUCCAGAGAAGAAGGAGGCACCUCCGCCAAAGAACAUCACUCUAACACCAGGGGCUGCAUUCACAGUGACCCCAUCAGGUCAGCUCACCACUGCUGGCACACUGACCUUUGAUCGAACAUCAACUGGAGACGCGACGACCAUCAUUUCCGACAAUUCUGCCGCUUCAGAUGUCUUCAGCAGCACAGCAGUGCUGACCACUCUGCCGGCUCUGACUGUCGUCCCUCAGCAGCCCUUGUUACAGGCUAAAGCUCCUGCCACAGCCGGCAUGUCCAAUGGCUUAGAGAUGAGCGAGCAGCACACCUGGCUGUACCUCGAGGAGACGGCCAACACACUCCUCAACACCGUCCAGCAGCUCAAAGCAUUAAUCGCCCAGGCCAAGCAGGCCAGCCAAGCCAGUGGCAGCCUGGAGAAAAGCAACUGCAGCAGGAAGGAUUCUUUCCCCAGCCAACUGUCGCUUACCGAUGACUCAGAGCAGAAGAUUACUGAAAUUAUCAUCAAGCAUACCUGUGUGAACUGUGGCCGUGAGGCAUUCAGCGAAUGCGCAGGUUGCCACAAAGUCUACUACUGUUCUAACUUUUGCCAAAAAAAGGACUGGAAGGAUCACCAGCACACUUGUUCUCAGCCCAGUGCAGCUAUAGGAGUUCAUGACGAGGCUCACAUAGCCAGCAUGGAGGUAGUGAAAGUCAAGGUGUAGCCCCAAUACGGACACAUGCAGUGCCCUUUGAACAAUCCCACCCUUACCUUGUAUAUUAUGAAUGAGGGUGAGAUACACUAUAUGGCCAAAAGUAUCUGGACAUCUGCCCAUCACGGAUGUGUUUGGUUCUUUUACGAAGUGUUGUCACAGAGAUGGAAGCUCACAAUCGUAUCGGUUACGGAAAAUGUUUUGUUAUAAAUGUCUUUAACUAAGAAGCCCUUCCGAGAUCACGGCUUUAUACGUUGCAUUUUUUUGGUAGUGUUUAAAUUAAACAGAUAAAAAAAAGUGUAAUUUGACGAGGAACGCCGAUCAUCAACUCGUCAGAUAGAGCUUAUAGUAUGAGGUUCGGACUUGUAUUGAAACGUUUUUUUUUUUAAGUUUAAUUAAUGUGUUCAUAUUGAUGAAGAGACACGAGCCUGCAGGUUUACUUCAUUAAGCACACGAAAGAUAGUUGAGUUACCAAAUUUCAAACUACCUUAGGAAACAAAAGAGUUCAAAAUAAAAAAAUGGAAAGGAAAAAUGA